GAAAACACUGAGCAAGUGUUGAUACCACUUUUUGAAGAGAGUUUUACAUUUGUAUUUACUUGAUAUAUCUUCCUCUCGGCAACGAGAAUGCAUGAAAGGAAAACUAGAAGUGGGUCAUUACCACCACCAGAUAGCAAAUCUCUGAGUAAUGAAGAAAACUUGAAACUCUUUGGAAAAUGCAACAAUCCAAAUGGUCAUGGGCACAAUUACAAAGUUGUGGUGACAGUACAUGGAGAGAUCGAUCCUGUUACAGGCAUGGUUAUGAAUUUGACUGACCUCAAAGGGUAUAUGGAGGAGGCAAUCAUGAAACCCCUUGAUCAUAAGAAUCUGGAUUUAGAUGUACCAUACUUUGCAGAUGUUGUAAGCACAACAGAAAAUGUAGCUGUGUAUAUCUGGGAUAACCUCCAGAAAUUUCUUCCUGUGGGAAUUCUUUAUAAAGUGAAAGUAUAUGAAACUGAUAAUAAUAUUGUAGUCUAUAAAGGAGAAUAGCCCUUAGGGGUUAAUACUAUAGAAAUAUUCAGUUUCUAUCCAUAUUUGAAAAAUAUCUUUAUCCCCUUGGUCUAUUGAGACGCCAUCACAUAAUUACUGUACCUCCACAUUGUUCUGGAGUGCCUGAUUCAUUGUAAUCAUUGUAAGACUUGUAUUAAAUUCACAUCUGUUUUAAAACCAAAUUUGUAAUGUACCAUGAGUAUCAUUUAGAGAGCCUGUUUUGUAUAGAUUAAAAAUCACUUCACUGCAA